ACACAAACACAUAUGCCCAAUAUAUAUAUAUGAGAAAAUAUAGUGCUCUACACUGCUACCUCUAUCCAAGAAAGUUUUAGCCACCUUCUCUCUCUCUCUCUCUCUAGAGGGUAUUCUUAUCUGUUUUUGUAUCUGGGUUUUGGUUGUUUGAUUCAUGUAAGCUCUAGAAAUGGGUUUCCAUGUAGUUACUGUAAUUGGGCUUCCUCUGUUUCUUCUUCUUAGCUUGGUCCUAGCUCAUGCCGAAAUCCCAACAACCAUUGAAGGACCCUUCAAGCCUGUGACUGUUCCUCUUGAUAACAACUUCCGCGGACUGGCCUCAGACUUGCCUGACACCGAUCCUCGUGUGCAAAGGAAGGUUACAGGAUUUGAGCCUGAGCAAAUAUCAGUUUCUCUCUCCUCAACUCAUGAUUCAGUUUGGAUAUCUUGGAUCACUGGGGAAUUUCAGAUUGGCAACAACAUUGAACCACUAAACCCUGAAACUGUAAGAAGUGUUGUUUAUUAUAGGAAGUCGAAAUCUGCAUUAACUCACAAAGCAAAGGGGGAUUCACUCAUCUACAAUCAACUCUAUCCUUUUGAAGGCCUGCAGAAUUACACUUCUGGAAUUAUUCACCAUGUUCGUCUCACAGGGUUGAAGCCCAACACAGUAUACUAUUAUCAAUGUGGAGAUCCGUCUAUACCAGCAAUGAGUAAUGUGUCCUAUUUCAAGACAAUGCCUGUUUCGGGUCCUAGGAAUUAUCCAAAAAGAAUAGCAGUGGUGGGAGAUCUGGGUCUUACGUAUAAUACCACUUCAACAAUCAGCCACUUGAUGAGAAAUCAUCCUGAUCUUGUUCUAUUAAUCGGGGAUGUAACUUAUGCUAACUUGUAUCUCACAAAUGGUACUGGUUCGGACUGUUACUCUUGUUCGUUUCCACAAACACCCAUUCAUGAGACCUAUCAGCCUCGUUGGGAUUAUUGGGCCAGGUUUAUGCAGCCUUUAGUAUCUAAAGUUCCAAUAAUGGUGAUAGAAGGAAACCAUGAUAUAGAACAACAGGCUGGAAAUCUGACAUUUGCAUCUUACAGUUCUCGAUUUGCAUUCCCAUCUGAGGAAAGCGAAUCUUCUUCCACCUUAUAUUAUUCUUUCAAUGCAGGAGGCAUUCAUUUCAUAAUGCUCGGGGGCUACAUUGCUUAUAAUAAAUCAGCGGAUCAAUACAAGUGGUUGGAGAGAGACCUCGCUAAAGUUGACAGAAAAGUGACUCCAUGGUUGGUAGCUACGUGGCAUCCGCCAUGGUACAGCAGCUACAAGGCACAUUACAGAGAGGCCGAGUGUAUGAAGGUAGCAAUGGAAGAACUGCUCUACAAAUAUGGUGUUGACAUGGUCUUUAAUGGACAUGUUCAUGCGUAUGAGAGGUCCAACAGAGUAUAUAACUAUACAUUGGAUCCGUGUGGUCCUGUUUAUAUCACAGUUGGUGAUGGUGGUAACCGAGAGAAGAUGGCAAUUCCACAUGCUGAUGAACCGGGUAAUUGUCCAGACCCAUCCACCACACCAGAUGGUUACAUGGGUGGAUUCUGUGCAUACAACUUUACCUCAGGCCCAGCCGCAGGUAAGUUUUGUUGGGACCGGCAGCCUGAUUACAGUGCAUACAGGGAAACUAGCUUUGGACAUGGGAUUCUAGAGGUGAAGAAUGAGACACAUGCUCUGUGGUCAUGGCACCGGAAUCAGGGCAUGUACAACAUGGCUGGAGAUCAGAUUUACAUUGUAAGGCAACCUGAUAGGUGCCCCGUGGGACCAAAGGUAAUUAAUCCAAGUGAAAUAUGCAAAUGAUGAUGAAUAUAUAGAGCCGACCUUGUUUCCUACCUAACUGACCAAGGCAGGUCAAGUCGGCUCCAUUCAUCUCAUGACUAGUGCUCUUAUUGGUCUGGAAACACCACGUCAGCUGGCUCCAUUCAUCUCAUGACUAGUGCUCUUAUUGGUCUGGGAACACGACGUCAUCGUACUAAGUUUGUGCUCUGGGAUGACUAAGCAUGAUAUAGUUCUUUGACUACAUGUACUCUAAUUCACACUAGAAACCAAAACCAUAAACAGUAACAACAGAGGAAUCAGUAGGUCUCAACAGACAUAAUUAUUAAAUUUCUGAUCCAUGGUGAAUUUCUAUCAGUAAUUCUAGUUCAUACAUCUAAAUGUUUCCGUAACAUCUAUCAAUCACUAUAUUGGCCUCAAAGGAGCUAAAACAUAAAUAGCCAUUUACAAGUAAUCUUAACUAACCACAGUUAGGUUUGAGUAUGUAUUAUGCUUUGUAUUUGAAAUACACUAGUCCUGCUUGUUCGGUAUCCUUUAUUUUUGUUCUGGAAAAAGUUCAAAACCACACUGUUU